UUCUCUUUAUAUACGUUUCGUGCGUUGAUAAAUUUUUUCCAACUUGUCGUCGGCACCGUUUUUUAUUAUUAUUUUUUCAAUAAAAAUUUCAUAAGAAAAUUUAUUGCAAAACAAAUAUUGCAUUUAAACAAUUUGUUUGGUGUAAUAACGUGUAUUAAAAUAAUUGUGCUUAAAUAUACAAAUGAAAAAAAUCUACACACACUUUCUCAAGCUGUGAAAAAUUAUAGGAAAAAACACAAGAAAAAGUUACAAGCAAGAAGAAAAAGGCUGGCAAAAAAAGGCAAUCAAAUUAGUAAGAACAAAACAAACGCCAGAAAAAAGUGAAAAGUCUUUUAGCGAGCGGGCCAAAUUAUCACUACACAUACAUCCGUACAUUCUUCAUUCAGUAAUAACAAGGAAAAAUAACAAUUUGUUGCAAAAAAUAAAAAAAACAAUAAACUAACAUACAACAGCAUAGAAAAUUGUGUCCUACAAAGUAAAGCUGGCUUGCUAAAUACAUAAUCUCUGUGCUGCGGAAAACUUCCGGGUUAAAUUGUUGAAGAAAAACCCAAUAAAAAGUUAAAAACAGAUUGGAAAAAGAGAAAUAUAAACAACAUAAAAAGCAAUUAACUGUGUGUGGUUUUUUAUAUAAAUCAGGUUUGAGCAACACAACUUCUCACCAAUCAUCGCCAGCAAACCAAGCAACAUCAUCACCAUCAACAAUAUCAUUGUCGUCAACGAUAUCCAUUGCUCACUACUGCUGUUGUUGUUGAAUUUGUCGUCGUUGUAGUUGCUGUUACUCCCCCCAAAGAUUGGCAGGCAACAAUUAAAAAUGGCCGCAGUUAAUGAUUGCUUCAGUAUUGGAUCCACAGUGAUGUGCACGACCUGCUUCAAUGAGGAAUUUGAAGGAGAAGUGCUAGCAUUUGAUCACAACACAAAAAUGCUGAUUUUAAAAUGUCGUUCAAAGAAUGCUGAAAAUUUAAAUGACGUUCAUGUAUUGAAUCUGUCUCUAUGCAGCAAUGUACAAGUGGUCAAGGAGUGUAACGGUAACUAUGUUGAUGAUCCCCAGAAAUUGAAUUUGGAACAAUUGAAAUUACGACUACGCAAAACAGUACAACAUCGACAAACGUAUCUCAAGUCGAAAAAUGCUGAUGUUAGCCCAGAGGCACAAGAAUUAUACAGAGUGAUUGCUAAGCAAUUUAAGAAUAAUGAAGUCUCUUGGCAAGGUCUAAAUAUACAGAUAUUUAAUGAAGUCACCAUAACACCACCAUAUAGGGCGGAAAACGUUGUCUCAACAUCAAAUAAUAAAAGUUUAUGCAACUAUAUUAAGAAAAUGAUUGAAAAUUUUAUUAUUAACAGAGCAUCACCAGAUAGUAAUGAUAUGAGUACUUCGUCAGCAUCAUCGACUGCAUCUUCAUCAUUUACAUCAUGUAAUGCGGCAGCCGGAUCUCCAGUGCCCGCUAAUUCAUAAUAAUAUAGAACGUUUAAAAAAAAAGAAACAAAAAAAACAACACCAAGCAAGAACAAAACAAACAAAAAGAGUUUUAAUUAACUAACAUUAUGUUAGUUAAUUAAAAAAAAUUUAUUAAAUUUUAAUAAAAACUGCAAAAAAAUCAAAA